AUGGGUUGGUUCUGGGCAGAUUCACAGCCACAAGUGCCUAUGGCACCUCAUCCCACCUCCACCAAUGCUUCUCCUCCACCUGCGUGCCCGAUGCAUGAAUCGCGUCAGGCGCCAUCCUCUCCUGAGGGUAGUUGUCCCAUGAAAUCCACCGACUCUCCUUUCUAUGUCGCCCCGAAAUCCCCUGCGCAAUCCGCGCCAGAGCCAGCCGCUCCAGCCAAAUCCUCCACCCUGUCGAAACUGAACCCGAUGAACUACAUGUUCGCCUCCAUCUCGCAGGAGCGCGCCGCGAAUCAGACUGUUGAUCUUCCCGUUGACCGUGAAGUCUCUUCCAUCCCACGAGGCGACAGUGACCAAAACUGGGAGUACCCAUCUCCUCAGCAGAUGUACAAUGCGAUGCUACGCAAAGGUCACACCGAUACACCCCAGGAUGCUGUGGAAUCCAUGGUUGCUGUCCACAACUUCCUAAACGAAGGUGCCUGGAAUGAGAUCGUGGGAUGGGAGCGCACUUUCGCCAAGGGUCUCAAGGAAGGCUGGGCCAAAUGUCGUCGAGGCGAGGAGAACCUUAGCUGGGAGUUGACUAAGGCUGAGAUGACUGGGGAUAUUGAUCAGGCGACUGAGCCUCGUCUGAUCCGAUUCCAAGGUCGUCCAAAGGAGCUUACUCCCAAGGCCCAGUUCAUGCAGGCUCUGGGAUGGGUUUACCCUUCCAAGUUUGAAACCAAGCCACCCUUUGACCGACACGACUGGUAUGUUCAGCGUCAAACACCUUGGGGCACAAAGGAAGUUCGUUACGUGAUUGAUUACUAUUCCGGUCCUCCUGAGCCGACUGGAGAGCCGGUCUUCUUCCUCGAUAUCCGACCUGCGUUGGAUUCGCCCACAGCUGCAGUUGAGCGACUGAUGCGAUGGGGAGGAGACACCUGGUGGAGAGCCAGUGGUGCUGCUGCUCGCGAGCAGAACUAG